CAGAGCUGUGAAACUUGACCUACUUUGCACUACAGCAGGAUAUCAGCUCACCUGCAAAUUCAUCUUUAAGGGGAUGAAUAAUCAAUAUAUCCGUCGGGAAGUCUUCUGCUGUGAAACUUGUCAUGAGCUCAAAAGCUUCUGGGAAAAAGAAAUUAGCAAACAGACUUGUUACAGGGAACUGGAAGAAGAUCGUCAGGGAAGGAGCGCCCUGAGAAAGCUCAGAGAAGAAUGGAAACAGAGACUGGAGAAAAGGUUGCAGAUGCUGGACAAUCCUGAUGAGAAGAAAAAGCAGGCAAGCACAGUGGGCUGA